AUGGAUAUCAUUCUAAUACGAGUGUGCCAGGAAACCGAGUAUUUCAGCGAGAUGAAAUGCUUAAAAACGGGAAGCAGUAUUAUGGAUCGGAAGAGCAAGCUAUUCAAAUGCUCUCCGUACUUGGACGAAGUAAGCAUACUGCGCGUCAAGGGAAGAAUCGACCUAAUAGAAGGAGUCGAAGUAAACCUAAAGCGACCCAUAAUCCUACCAAGAAGACAUCGAUUUACAUUUCUGCUGGUUGAGUCGUAUCAUCGCCGGUACCAUCAUCUGUACGACGAGAUCGUGGUCAAUGAACUACGGCAAAGGUUCCUGAUAUUUGGUCUGAGAGCCUUGGUGAGAGAGGUUUCUCAAACUUGUCCAGCAUGCCGGAUGAGGCGCGCGCGUCCUAGGCCUCCAGAAAUGGGAAGUCUACCGCGCGAGCGUUUGGCGCACCACAUGGCGCCGUUCACCUAUACAGGAGUGGAUUACUUUGGGCCCAUCGACAUCAUCGUUGGACGACGGCACGAGAAGCGCUGGGGUGUUCUGUUCACAUGCCUCACAAUUCGUGCCGCAUUUAUAGCGAGACGUGGUUGCCCGCGACGAAUGAUGUCCGAUAAUGGAACUAACUUCCGAGGUGCGAGUAGAGUGUUAAAAGAUGAAGUAGAGCGUAUAUCGACCAAGGAUGUGGAGACCAAAUACCCAGAAAUGGAGUUCAUGUUCAUUCCGCCAGGCUCACCGCACAUGGGCGGUGCAUGGGAAAGAUUGGUACGCUCAACAAAGUCCAUUCUAACGGAGAUCUUGCCGCCUGGUGGAUUGCGAGAAGAAGUGCUUCGUGCUGCGUUGGCUGAUGUGGAGGGUAUUCUCAACUCACGCCCACUCACAUAUGUACCACUGGAAUCGGCAGACUCAGAAGCGCUUACACCGAACCAUUUCCUCUUGGGCCACUCUAGUGGAAUUCGUGAACGAGACAGCAAAAUCCAUAACGGUGACAAGCUUGCCAAAGGAUUCAGAAUUUCGAGCCAGUUAGCCGAUCAGUUCUGGAAAAGAUGGAUUCGAGAAUAUCUGCCAACGCUUACGCGCCGUACCAAAUGGUUCCAACCGCCGCCAGAUUCGAUCGCCGUGAAUGACAUUGUUGUUAUCGCAGAUGAGAAUGGCAAACGAAACAGCUGGCCCAAAGGAGUUGUGGUAGAUGUUCACCGAUCGAGAGACGGUCAGGUACGGAGUGCCGUAGUGCGCACUACAGAAGGUAUUGUGACUCGCCCCGCCGUAAAGCUAGCCAAAUUAGAUUUGAAAAUUGGUAAUACACAACGCGAAUGCUAG